UAUAUGAGUCCCAUAAUUUCUAAUGCAAGCGCUCUUAUUGUUGUUUUUAAACUUAGAACUACGUCAAAUCUUCAAUUUUAAUCUUUGUGUAAAAUUCUCUGAAGGUGGACAAACAUGGUGGGCGACUACUUCCAUGAUAAUGACAAUAGCAAAACUGGUAAGCUCAUUUGAACACUGCAAAUUGGAAAAUCACAAACUCUUUAAUUUGUUUCAAAUUCGCCAUCAUACUGCAGUUUCCCGUGCCAAUGAUAGCCAAAACUACAUUUUACAUUCCAAUCAAAAUGGCAACCCAGAAAAAUCAAUUGAAAACCUCGAUGCAGAUGCCAACAAUUGGAAUUCUCUGUUUCAGUCAUGCAAACAUAUCAAUUCUGUAAAAAAUCUUCAUGCCCACAUCAUUAUCACUGGACUAGUCCUUGAAAUAUUCAUACAAUCCAAGCUUGUGACUACAUAUGUAAUGUUUGGCAGUUUGAAUGAUGCACGCAAAGUGUUUGACAAAAUGUCUGAACCAAAUGCACCACAAGCGGUUCGCAGAAUGUGUAAACCGAAUGCGUUUUUAUGGAAUGUGAUGAUUAGAGAGUGUGCUAGGAGUGGACUUUAUAAAGAGGCUCUUAAACUCUAUUGCAAAAUGUAUGAGGGAGGCAUACAGCCAGACAAUUUCACAUUUUGUUCAGUGCUCAAGGCGUGUGCGGGUUUAUGGGCUCUACAAGAGGGAAGGGAGAUUCAUGUUCAUGCAGUCAAAAUUGGAUUUGAUGCCAAUAUUUUUGUAGCCAACUCCCUUGUGAAUAUGUAUGCGAAGUGGGGGGAGAUAGAAUUUGCACGCCAAGUGUUUGACAGAAUGCCUGUGAGAGAUGUUGUUACAUGGAAUGCAAUGAUUUCUGGGUGUGCUCAGAAUGGAAAGGCUCGUGAAGCCUUGGUUCUCUUUGAUCAAAUGCAACAGUUAGAGAUGAAGCCUAACCCAGUUACUAUUGUAAGUGUACUCCAGGCAUGCUCCCAUAUGGGAAAUUUCGAAAAGGGCCGGCAGAUCCAUGGAUAUGUAACUCAAGGUGGGCUGGAGUUCAAUGAUUUUGUAGGGAACUCCUUGAUAGAUAUGUAUGCCAAAUGCAAGAAGGUCGAGAUUGCACGGCAAGUGUUUGACAAGAUGCCCACAAGAACGGUGGUUUCAUGGAGUGCAAUUAUUGCUGCAUAUGCGCAGAAUGGGCAAGACAAGGAAGCUUUGGAACUCUUUGCUCAGAUGCAACUAGCUGAUGUCACACCUAAUUCUGUCACUAUGGUCAGCGUGCUCCAGGCGUGUGCCCAUUCAGGAGAUUUGGUGCAAGGGAAGCAAAUCCAUGAUUAUAUAAUCCAAAGUGGAUUGAAGUUGGACAUUUUUGUGGAGAAUUCCCUUAUUGUCAUGUAUGCUAAAUGUGGGAAUUUGGAGCUUGCAAGUGAGUUGUUUGAGUACAUGUCUAAAAGAGAUCUGGUUUCAUGGAAUGCUAUGAUUGCUGGGUAUGCUGAGACUGGACGUGCCAAUGAGGCUUUAGCAAUAUUUAAUCAAAUGCAGCAGGCAGGUGUAGCAGGUGAUUCCAUCACUGUGGUGAGUCUGCUUCAGGCAUGUGCCCGUGAAGGCAAUUUGCAACAGGGCAAGUGGAUUCAUUAUUAUAUAAUUCUAAAUAGGUUUGACUCUGAGAUUUUUGUAUUAAAUUCAUUGAUCGACAUGUAUGCAAAGUGCGGGGUUGUAGAGAGUGCACGUCAGGUUUUUGACAAAAUGUCAAAAGAAAAUUUAGUAACAUGGAAUGCAAUGAUUGCUGGAUAUGUUCAGAAUGGACAUGCCAAAGAAGCUUUGAUGCUUUUUGGUCAAAUGAAACAAAGAAACAUUGAACCUGAUUCAGUGACAAUGGUGAGUCUACUCCCAGCAUGUGCUCACUUAGGGUUCCUGAAUCAAGGGAAGUGGUUCCAUGAUUAUAUAGUUCAAAACGGAUUUGAGAUGAAUCUUCCUAUUGGGAAUUCCUUGAUUGACAUGUAUGCCAAAUGUGGGAGCAUAGUUGUCGCACGAAAAUUGUUUGAUAUAAUGUUGCAGAGAGAUGUGGUCUCAUGGAGUGCGAUGAUUUGUGGGUAUGGUAUGCAUGGACACGUCGAAGAUGCUCUUGAACUAUUUCAUCAAAUGCAACGGACAGGCACAAAGCCAAACCACAUCACCUUUGUUGGUGUUUUGUCUGCAUGUAGUCAUGCAGGUUUGUUGGAGGAGGGAUGGAAGUAUUUUGAUUGUAUGGUUCAAGAAUACUGUAUCACACCGAGCAUGGAACACUAUUCCUGCAUGGUUGAUCUUCUUGGGCGCUGUGGAAAUCUUGUCGAGGCAGAAUGCUUUAUCAAAAACAUGCCUUUUAAACCAGGUCCAAGUGUGUGGGGGGCCUUGCUUAAUGCCUGCAGGAUCCAUGGCAAUAUUGAGCUAGGAGAACUUGCAGCAGAAUGCCUUUUCGUCUUAGAGCCUAAAAAUGAUAGUUCUUAUAUUCUAUUAUCAAACAUUUAUGCAGCAGCUGGAAGGUGGGAUGAUGUAGAUAAGUUGAGAACGACAAUGCAAGGCAGGGGCUUGAAAAAGAGACCAGGCUGCAGUUUAAUUGAGGUAGCCAAUAAUAUUCAUGCAUUCCUUGCAGCAGACAGUUUGCAUCCUCAAAAUGAAGAGAUUAAUAAAAUGUUAAAGAUGUUGAUAAUGGAGUCAUCAGGAUGUGUCCCUAAUAUCAACUUUGUGCUGCAUAAUGUAGACUAGAGGUAAACUAAAACUUACUCUGCAGUCACAGUGAGAAGCUUGAAACUGCUUUUGGGUUUCUCAACACGAGCUGAAACUGCCAUCCGUAUCAUGAAAAUCCUUCGUGCUUAUGUUGACUGCCAUGAUGUCACCGAAUUCAUCUAAAAAAUCAUUGACAGGGGAAAAACUACAGGGGAUUUAAAGAGAUUCCUAUCCUUUCAAAAUAUGUACAGGUUCCUUGCUGAAAACUUAUCCAUAUAACAUGCCCUGAGAAGUUGUUGAGAGUUUAAUGGAUCCAGAGUGUAGUUGAGCUGAUACAUGUAAGUGGACAGGGUGCAUCACUGUACUCUUGAUAUGGGUGGAUUGGCAAGUCUAGGUUUAUUCAUGAGUUUCUUCAUGUGAUUAUAACCCAUUGGAAUACAAAAGUUGAACACUCUAGUGGGUCGAAGUGAGUGAAAAUCACUUCUUCUCAAGAGGAGAUCUCACAUGCCAUACUCGUGGAGUACUGAUACGCCACGAUGAUUUUAUAAGACAUCGAGACUGAUGAGUUGGAUGGAAUCUGUAGAUUAAUCGACGAAUUCCCUGGUUUUAGGGAAUGUACAGUUGAAGACUAAUUCCAUCUGUUUACAUCACAGGAAAAAUCAAUCUUUCAGAUUUUAUAAAUUUGAAUAUUAAAUUUAAUAUUUCAUUGAUUGUAAAGCUUAUU